AUGAGGACGCAAACGGCUAAGGCGGCGAUGAACAGCGUAACCUGCCUAAGGGAGUUAGAGGACGGAGAUCCAGCUGAGACGACCCUCAACCUGACGAAUGCUCAGAAUAAACUCAUAGCAAGGCCGGACAUUAAAAGUGGAAUAAUGAAUGGGCCCUUGAAGGAAGGCCCAGAAGAGGCAAGAGAGUGGAUGUGGAUGCUGUUACGUUCUAUCCAAGAGCCGGUGAUCUUCGGACAGCCUCAUCAUCACCAUAAGAAUAAAUUAACCAACUUCAACAAAACACUCGCACUCCGAACAACCCUCAGAUAA